ACGGCAGACGAGGACGCACGCGAAGCGGUUCCUACCGCAGCGAAGGAGGCAAUGGCUUUGCGGGGUCGGGGGCUGCGCCUUUGGCGGGCCGCCCUCGGUGGCGGGGCUGGCUGGAGAUGGAUAGCAACCUCGCCAGCUCCUCGCCUGUCACCGACAGAACUGGUGGAAAUGCAGAAUGAUCUCUUUAACAAAGAGAAAGACAGGCAGUUAUCAUUGACUCCUCGAACUGAGAAGAUUGAGGUUAAACACGUUGGGAAAACGGACCCUGGCACUACCUUCGUGAUGAAUAAAAACAUUUCAACUCCUUAUAGUUGCGCUAUGCAUUUGAGCGAGUGGUACUGCAGGAAGUCCAUUCUGGCUCUUGUGGACGGACAGCCUUGGGACAUGUACAAACCCCUGACCAAAUCCUGUGAGAUUGAAUUUCUUACUUUCAAAGAUCGUGAUCCUGGAGAAGUGAAUAAGGUAUUUCUGCCUCUGUGUUCUUUUAUAUCCCCCUGGUCUUCCUCUUUAAAGGUUAAUACUUUGCUUUUGAAGGAGAAUCUGCGUUCCCUCACAAGAGACGCUCGUGCUUUAAUUUAUAAAGAUCUUCCAUUUGAAACUCUGGAAGUGGAAGCAAAAGUAGCCUUGGAAAUAUUUCAGCACAACAAGUACAAAACGGAUUUCAUAGACGAGAAAGCAUCUCAGAAUCCUGAGAGAAUAGUCAAGCUACACAGAUUUGGUGACUUCAUUGAUGUGAGUGAGGGUCCUCUUAUUCCGAGAACAAGUGUUUGUUUCCAGUAUGAAGUGUCAGCAGUUCACAAUCUUCAAGCCACGCACUUGAGUCUCGUCCGAAGAUUCCAGGGUCUGUCUUUGCCUGUGCACCUAAGAGCACAUUUCACUAUAUGGAAUAAGCUAUUGGAGAGAUCUCGGAAAAUGGUAACUGAAGAUCAAACUAGACCUACAGAAGAAAGUGCAUCGACCCAGCAACUUCCUAAAAAUUAAAUAUGUAUAGUAAAUUAAAAUAAAAGUUUUCUACAAAAUGUU